UGUUUAUUUGAAAUCUCAUACCGGUAGAUGAGUCUCAGGACAAUGUUUUUUAUUUUGAUAUUUACAGUACCUUAAUUUCGUAUUCUAGUUUCUGCAAGUAAUUGGGGGACUCUUGACAUUAUUAAAAUACUAUAACACCUUUCUUUAUUCAACUCCACAAAGUCUUUCCAAUUAUUUGGUGUCUGUUACAUGGAUCUUGUUUUCCAGUAAGAGUCUUUUUCUCAAUUCAAUUAAAACCUCCUUUAUUCAUGAACAUAAAUAUUGGACAACAAGAAGUCUAGACAACAAAAAAAACCACAAGGAGGUAACGAGAUGUGUAAGCAUAUGAUUUUCAUCUCCCAGAGUAGACAUUAUAAAACCACCGAAGAUCCCCCACUAAUUGUAUUAUGAGGGAAGCCUAAGAGUUCCUGUUUCUUGCUCAAAUAUUUUCUGUUGCCUGAUCUAGACAGACAUUGAGUCAGGUGAUGAGAAUGUACUACAUGUAAGACACUGGUUUUGUUUGGCAAUCUCCCUGAUUCUGAUCUCUAUCGACUUGUCGGUCAAUACGUUCUUUUUGCCUUUAGUUUUCAGGAGUCUUGCGCUUGAUGUGCAGCUCCUCAACCAGUUGUGACCAGAAAACCUUGAAAAGGCGGUUUUUUUUUCAUUGACAAGAGAAUUGGCUCGAAGGGUAGUCUGAAAUCGGGGUUUUGAAACCUGACUGCUUUCUUUUCUGCUCGGACCUUCAGUCCACUAUUGCAUAGUAUUCAAGGUGACAUAUCGUUUAACAAAUCUGGAUCAGAUGGACCUGAAAUCGAAUCAUAGUGCUCCUGUUCUCACUGAUCCUCCACCCAUGAGUAAGUCAAGAUUAGGCAUCCAUGCUGCUCUGUUGCCUUACCCAUCUCGAAGCAUCGUUUUCUCUCCUGGUCUCUUAACAAUCCCAAGGAAGAAGCCAGGAAAGCUGGAAAGGAACAGCUCUUGGCUUGAAGCCAUGAAAAACUCGUCCCCUACCCAUAAGAAGGCAACCAAAAUUUCUAGCACUGAGCUAGCUCCAUCUGAUACCGAUGUUGCUUAUUGCAAUUGGAUGCUUGAGUACCCGUCAGCACUGGCAACUUUUGAGCAAAUAACAAAUUGUGCAAAGGGCAAGAGAAUAGCGUUGUUUCUGGAUUAUGAUGGCACUCUCUCCCCAAUUGUAGAUAACCCAGACCGUGCCUCCAUGUCUAAUGCAAUGCGUGCUGCUGUGAAAAAUGUGGCAAAAUUUUUUCCAACUGCAAUAAUUAGUGGAAGAAGCCGUGAUAAAGUAUACGAAUUUGUAGGAUUAACAGAGCUCUACUACGCUGGUAGUCAUGGGAUGGACAUUAUGGGUCCUGUGCAGCCAGUUCCUGAUGUCCAUCUGAAUGGUACGAGUUCCACUGACAAGCAGGAUAAGGAAGUUAAUUUGUUCCAGCCUGCUAGUGAAUUCUUACCAAUGAUCAAUGAGGUUUUUAGAUCCCUUGUUAAGAUUACCAAAGAAAUUACCGGAGCAGAAGUUGAGAACAAUAAGUUCUGCGUCUCUGUGCACUACCGCAAUGUAGAUGAGAAGAGUUGGAAAACAAUUGGGGAAUCUGUACACAAAAUUUUGAAAGACUACCCUCGUUUGCGAUUGACACAUGGGCGAAAGGUUUUAGAGGUUCGGCCAGUGCUUAAUUGGGAUAAGGGGAAAGCUGUUGAGUUUUUACUUGAAUCACUAGGGUUAAGUAAUUGUGAUGAUGUACUCCCAAUUUAUGUUGGAGACGACCGGACAGACGAAGACGCAUUUAAGUUUCUUAGAGAGGGUAACCGAGGUUAUGGCAUCUUGGUGUCUUCCGCGCCCAAGGAAAGCAAUGCAUUUUACUCUCUCAGGGAUCCAUCAGAGGUAAUGGAGUUUCUCAAGUCACUGGUAAAUUGGAAGGAGUCAAAUGCAGCAUGAAUGUAACAUAAUUAAGAAGAGUAUACUAUAUAGUAAAUCUAUAUACCGCAUUACAAAGAUUUUACAUUUUCCGGAGUUUUAUAGAGUUGAUCAAGGAGGAUUGGAGUGAAGUCACCGCCAUGAGAAAAGCUUGCAAAUGGUCACUGCUCAGAGCUUUUUCAUUUGUAAAUUCUUGUCGCUCUCCAGUUUGCCCUCAUUUCCAAGUGUAUAGUUCAUUUGUUUUGUAUUUUUUAUGAGGGAAUUUUUGGAAUCUAAGGAAAUAUAUUUGUUCAUUGGUUUUUUAAAAUUUAAUUUAAAUUAAAUGCAAAUUAAUAUAUUUUGUUUGAUUA